UCACGGCUCGAUAACUCGAAUAAUUAGAAACUAUUUCGCGGCGGUGUUUUGCAUUUGAAGACCACGUGAGAGAGUUACGGAGAGACCGGUACCGGUACCGGUCUGUUCCGCGUUGUGUCAUCCAAUUCCGGAUUUCAUCCGGCCGGCAAAAAUACCGAACCAUCGUUUAAUGCUUUCGCAGCCGACAGACACAAACGCGUAUUCGCCCCCACCAACAAAUUCCUUUCCUCUUCUCUCUGGCGUCCUCGACGAAAGAGGCUCUCGGUGACGGAGAACGGGAGAACGCUGGGUGCAGGCCGUUAGUUAGUCGGCCGCCAGAACCGAUACCGUUCCUCAGGAAAGCACAUCGCUGUCAAAGGAGAUAAUCAGCAAGAUGGCAGCCAGUCAAUAUUAUCACAUACAGUGCACGCCCACCGUGUAUCCGGCUGAUCCUUUCGAUUCCGAGGCAGAUGCCACUCUAUUACGGACUGCGAUGAAGGGUUUUGGAACUGAUGAGCAGGCCAUAUUGGAUGUCUUGGCUCAUCGCGGCAUCGUACAGCGAUUAGAAAUUGCCGACAAAUUUAAGACAAUGUACGGCAAAGACCUCAUUUCCGAGUUGAAAUCAGAAUUGUCCGGAAACUUCGAGAAAGUCAUCCUGGCCUUAAUGACACCUCUUCCCGAAUAUUAUGCCAAGGAGUUGCACGAAGCUAUUUCCGGCAUGGGCACCGACGAGGGUGCACUCAUCGAAGUCCUUGCAUCCCUGAGCAACUACGGUAUCAAAACGAUAUCGGCUGUCUACAAGGAUCUGUACGACAAAGAGUUGGAAGAUGACCUCAAGAGCGAUACCUCCGGUUAUUUCAAAAGGCUUUUAGUAUCGUUGUCUUGCGCCAGCAGAGACGAGAGUCCAGACGUCGAUGAGGAGGCCGCACGUCAGGAUGCCGAGAGGCUUCAUGCCGCGGGUGAGGGACAGUGGGGCACCGACGAAAGUACUUUCAAUGCAAUUCUCAUUACUAAGAGUUUUCCACAAUUGCGACGAAUCUUCAAGGAAUACGAGCACCUCACCGGAGACACCUUGAAGCACGCUAUCAAGCGAGAAUUCUCUGGUUCUGUUGAAGACGGCUACUUAGCUGUGGUAAAAUGCGCCACCGAUAAGACUGCUUAUUUCGCGGAAAGAUUAUACAAAGCUAUGCGUGGAAUGGGCACGGACGAUUCGACGUUGGUACGCAUCAUUGUGACGCGAUCAGAGAUUGAUCUGGGUGAUAUUAAGGAUUCUUAUGAGAGACUUUACGGAAAAUCUCUUGCGGAAGCUAUCGACAACGAUUGCGCCGCCGAGUGGAAAAGAUUAUUGAUAGCAAUGUUGAAUUAAGAAUAUAUCUAUAAUACGAGAUAAUUAUACAUAUAACUAAGCAAAAUAUUUGAAAUA